GUUAGAAUUUGGCUUGGUAAAUUUGUGUUAAAAUUCUAUUAUUUAGAUCUGACUGCAUUUAGGUGCUUUUUCUAUAACUAUAUACUGAAGCAUUUGCGUCAAAACUGGUCCUUAAUUAUAGGUAUUUUAAUAAUAAAUAUUGUAUGAUAUUAUUAAUUAUAAGUUAUAAUAAGUUAUGUUCUCAUAUUCUAUUACUAUUACUAUUACUUAUUUAUUACUAUUUAAUAAAAUAAAUUAUGAAUAAUAAUUAUGCUUUGCCUUACGCUUAUCAGUGAUCAGACUGUAUAAUUAUAAUAAUUAUAUAUACUAAACUAUAAUUUCCAUAUUAUUUAUAAAUCACUCAAAUUUACUGAAAAUACUAGGAGUAAAAUACUGUUUAUUAUAGGUUUUUGUCAGAAAUUUAACUGAUGGCUGGUAAACACUGGCUACACUAGUAUACUAUUACUAUUAAUUUUAAAUGGCUGCUUAAAUGGUGUCUGAUUUAGUGAUUGCCAUAAAAGAUAUGUCAUAUUAAAGGACUGGUUAACACUGGUUAAAAAUUUAAAUGUUGUUUGAUUGCCAUAAAAUAUAUAUCAUAUUAAAGGGCUAGUUAUAAUUAUAAGCUUUCCAAAAACAUCCAUUUCAUUUUUCUAUUUUUUAUAGAAGUGGAGUUUUUAAAAAAAUAUUUUUUAAGCCCCUUGCCCUUAAAUAAUCUAUAUUAUAUACUAUAUAUUUUCCCCCAAAAACUUGUGACCCAUUUUUCACAUUUCUGCAUUAUUUUGCCCAUAACAUUUUUAUUUUUAAAGAGUUGAUUUUGGGUUAGCAGUAAGGCAGGCAAUGUGUUCUACUAUAGUCUAUAGUAUAGUUAAUUGUAAGUGCAGUUGUCAGUUGUAGUAAUAGAAUAAUAAUUAAUAUUAGGCUUUUUUGCUGUCAUCCGUCCGUCAAAAUGGGACGAUGGUGUGGACUUUGGAAGACGAAUUCCACAAGGCCUGGGAUUUUUCUUCUAGGAUUAUAAGCUGGUUCCCAAAAAGCAAAUCGGCUCUCUCCAAGCUGCAUCAACUUGAGAUUUGCUCAGUUUAGAUCACUCGGCCACCCAGCACCCAAUAUAUAUAUUUUAUAUACAAUAUUAGGCUUAGUUUAGGCCUUAAUAAACCAGUGGCGUAGCUAGGGUUAGUGUCACAGGUGCAGUAAACUCAUGGUGUCACCCCCUCCACCUGAUAUUCUCGAUGUAUUUCUUGUUAAAGUAAAUCCACAGUAUAACAGUGGCAAAAACAAAUUAAUUGAAUGUCAAGAGGUAAAUGUAUUUAAGAACUGUAACAACAAUGGUGGCAGUAAAACCCAGCAGUUGAAAUAUGACAAUAAGGCUUAAAUGUUAAGGUGCGAUGCAAGUGACGAAAUUGCACAAAUAUAAAUUUUUAGUAUUUGAUAUAUUUCGUUUCAAAAACCUUUUUUUUACAAUUUAAAUAAGUUUUAAUUAAUUAUUAAAAGAUACAGGGAAUAGAAAAUUGUGUAAACAAUUUAUUUGUUAACACUAUAAAUGGGUAAAAAAAAGAUUUUUUAAUUUUCAUGUUUUUAGACAUGCCCGACCAUAUCUUAUUUUGCUAACAAUGGUAAGCUUUAUUUCUCAAAAUUCAGAUAAAUAUAAUGUCCUGUCAUGAAGUUACAUAACGCUUCAACUGGCCUUAAAUCAUGGCCCAAAACAGUGUUUUUCUGACCUAAUUUUAGGGUCACCUCAUUUCUGACGCAUCAACCUUGAAUUUUUAAAAAAGCAUGGAUUUGAAUUUGUUACAUGUGUGGAAAAUUUAUGUGUGAUCCGUUAUCCUUUUAUGAAAUUCAGUUAGACUGAGCAGUUUGUGCUCUAUAAAUAUAUCCAAUUUUUCAAUUUGUUGUCACCCCUGGGAUGGUGUCACCUUGUGCGAUCCGCACCCCCCAGCUACGCCACUUAAAUAGAUUAUAGGAUUAUAAUUACUGUUACUGUUAUAACUUAUAUGUGGGCCUAACUUUAGGGAUAUUAUUCCAUAUGAGCAGUGAUUAAUAAGAAAAGGAUUAUUAUUAUUAUUGCUAUUACUAUUAUUAAACGAUUAAUUAUUGAAUCAAUAAAGAGAACGGAAUAAAAUUGGUACACAAAAUUUUUAACACAAUACAACUAGCAAGCAAUCCUUAAUCAUAAUCCAAAACUUUUCAAGCUUGAUGAUAAUUUUUUCUUAAAUUUUUUAAAAUAAUGCAUUUAAAACUUCUUAGCAUUAGUCAAAUGUUUAGGUACGGUAUUCAACAAUAACGAAUCAACCCCUUUUCCCUCCCCACCCCCCCACCCCCACCCCACCCCCCACCCCCAACCCCUAGCUUAGAGAGUUAGGGAACACUUAACUUUUCUUUUGAAUGGGUCAAUUUUAAUAACUUAAAUAUAUUAAAAAUUUGCAAUGGAUAUAGUUUCUCUCUAAAGUCUAAAGGGUCCAGAUUAGGUCUAGACCUAGUGAUGGACUUUAGGUUUGAAGAUUUAUGCUCGAGUUAGGGAGACUGAUUUUCCCGCUAUAGAUAUUUAGCCUUCAGAUUCGGUAGAGUGAUUGAUUAUAGGCUUGAAGGUUUUUCGCAAAAAAAUAUUUCAUUAAAUUUGCAUGCGUUUUGCUAAUUUUUAACAUUCUUUUCUUUAAAAAUUAAAAAAAUAAUUUUUAAAAUAGAAAUAACCCAUUCUCAUCAUUUUCAUUUGUCUUGGUAAAUAGCAAAAGCACACUCUCUCCCUUUCCCCUCCCCAUUUUAACCUCCAUGGUUUUUUCACGCUAUUUUUUUACAAGUCUGCAACAAAGAUGGCAGCAGUGUAAAAAAAAAAGUAAUGAAAAAAGACGGUCAAAAGGGAGAACCAUCAGGUGUAAAAUUACCGACCUAGACCAUAUACUUGGCAUGUAUUGAUGUAAUGUAUACAUUACACUUAAAUUAAUUUUUUAUAACUAUUGACCCUUCUGGCGUAGCAUAUGUCAGGGUCUUGACAAUAAGUCAAUUAAUGGUUAGACAACUACCUAAAUUCUAGCUUUAGGUGAUACUAUUAAAUAUGCCCUGCUUCUCUCUAAUCUCUUAUUUUAGUGCUCUAAAUUCAAUGCAAAUAAAAGGUGUUUUGUUUUUGUUUCUUAGUUAAUCUUUCUUAAAGAGAAUCAAAUUAUUUCAUAAUUAAAAUGAUUGUAUAAGUCAAAUAUCAUCUCUUUGACACAAAACAAAAACUAUUAAACAAAAUGUAAGAGAUAAAAAAAAAUACACCUCCACGCACUUUUAUUACGCAAAGAGGACUCAUAAAUUAAAAAUACCUUUAAAAACUUACAAAAAUAUGAGACAAAAUAAUUUGGAAACAAUAAAUAUUUGUUCUAUUAACUAUUCAAGUCGUUUUUAUGUUGUUCCAUUUGGUCAAUAAGGAGUUUUUAAUUAAAAAGCACUUUAAAUGAUCACACCUUAGUGGCGGUAUAUCUGGAGAUGACCCUGCUUCUCAUUGCAGAGACAGGCUACCCUCUAAAUAAUGUUCUAUUAUAUGUUAUACAUUUUUUGAUGUGGGAAGGGUCCUAAAACUUAAGGAGCAUAAGCUCAAUGGGUCUGUUGAAAAGACAAGAUAGUAGUUUAUAAAAUUAACAUUGAAACCAAGACAAAUUUAGUAUUUAUACUGCACUUAAAAGUUAAGCUAAGCCUCAUAACAAUGAAUGUAUACUUUGUCAAAGUCUUUGUUAUAAUCUUUUCAACUAGGCAGUUCAAUUUUUGUCCUUAUUAUUUCUGGGCUCUAUGGAUCAAAAGCAUGUGACAAAGUUAAUAUAAACACUGCCAAUUUGUAAAAUCAGGAAAUGAAAAUUGUGUAUUUUCAUUUGCACUUUUACCAAAAAUAUUAUAAAAGAACUUUUGAAUGAAAGUAAAUCAUUUUUUAAUCCAUUAAUUUUCUUGUUUUAUUUUUAAGCUCAAGUUAUUUGUUAAAUCAUAUCUACUUUUAAUUAUAUAUUUUUCAGCAUAUGGCAUCUGUCUAUAACCCAGGGGUGCUUGGAAUUAAAACUCCAGAAAAUUGUGGUAAGUUUUAAAUGUUCAGAUUUUUUUUUAGCUAGGACCUUGCAGAUGAUUUCUGAGCCCUUCAGUUGUAAGCUGUACUAAUAGGCCUCCUUCCAUAUAAUUUUUCAAACUAUUUCUUAUCCCCUUCUUUCUUGCAAAGUCAUCAUUUUAGAAAUGUCAAAGAACAGCAAAUCUAUCAAACAAUCAUCUGUUUGAAAUUUUUAAUUCAAUAGCAUAAUUCAGUCUUUUUUUUUCAAAUCAAUGGAGUUCAGAAAAGCUUAGAUUUAAGAAUUUUUCUGAUAUAGACUGGCACUGAUAUUUUUUAGCCGUAAAAAAUGUUUAAACCACUUUUCUCACAUUCUUUUAAAAAAAGGAUGUGGCAAACUGAUGUGCUAAUUUAUUAAAACUUAAUAAAAAUUAUAGUGGUAUGGUGGGAAAAAAAAAAAGGAGGGAGGCCAGGAAUUUGGAUAAAUUGUUAACAGGAAAGAGUGUGAAUUGGUCAGUCUUAAUAAAUGGUGUUAAGCGUAUUUUGUAAACUGAAUAAAAGGUUUUGCCUUCAUACUUUUAGUUCACUCUCUGUUGACAAAGAGGUUAACAUCAGGAUCGCAAAAGCAGCAGCAGAUAUGGUUAAAACAGGUGUGGUAUAAUCUUAAACUCAAAGAAAAUACAAAAAUAAAUGUCUAUCAGGCAUGUAUGCUCAGUAAGCUCCUUUAAGGCUGUGAAUUUUGGAUCUCAAAUGCCAGUCACGAGUAGAAACUCACAGCUUGCAUUAAGGAUGUCUGUGUCGCAUUUUGCGCAUUUGAUAACAGGAAAGGGUGCUUAACACAUAGGUUUUGGAACAUGACCAAAAUGUGCAGCAUAUUCUGGCUAAGCCGUGUAAGGAGAAUGGAGGAAGGCCUUAUUCCAAAGGAUCUGCUGUAUAGAGAGUUGACCGCGGCUGGGAUUUAAGGAUGUUUUCAAAAGGAGCAUGAGGGAAGCCAACAUAGAAAUAAACUUAUGGGAGAUCAUCGCUGAGAACCAAUCCAGCUGGCAAACAACAGUGUAUGAAGAAGUAAAAAAGGCAGGAGAUGUGCAAAACAAAGCCGAUACAGCCAUUCCAGGAUGGCCUUGUAAGCCAUUUGAUGAAGAGUCCAUAGCUACUCAACGUCAUUGUCUAGCGAAGAUGGAAGAAUGCCAUAUAAAUAUAUAUAUUAUAUAUAUUAUAUAUAUAUAUAUAUUAUAUAGGGAACUGCAACCAGGAUUAUAGCUUCCCUUGUAAUUCUUUACAGACUAAUACAAAGAUGUGCUCAGGCUCAUGGCAAAAACAGCAGCUUUAAAGUCUUUUGAGGGGAAUAAGGAAUAAAUUCUUUUACUUACAACUGAACAAUAUCUGUUACUGUGGGAAUUUAAAUGUGGGCAUUAAUUAUUUUAUUAUGAAGUAAUAAUAAAUAAAGUGUCUUCAAUUUCAGCUGGACACUGGAACAUUUUAUUACAGUUGCUUUAUGUGUUUAAAAAUGAAAUAUUUCAAUGUACCAGUCCUAAUAUGUUAGCCGCAGUAGCUUUUUGCCAAUUCGUUUUUUAAAAUGUGUUUGUUACUUGAUUUUAAGAGGGAAUAAUUAAUAAAAUGUCUUUAAUUUCAGCUGGGAACUAUUUGUUACUGUGGAAAAUUUUAUUACAAUAGCUUUAUUAGUCUAUGUACCAAUAAGUCAGCCACAGCAGAUUUUCAUCAAAUUUGUUUUUAAAAUGUGGCAGUGAAUUAUUUUAAAGUGGAACAAUAAUAAUUAAUAAAAUGUACUUAAUUUCUACUGGACACAAUCUUUUACUGUGAAAAUUUUUAUUUAAAUGGCUUCAUUACUUGAAUAGUAUGCUAUUUUAUUUAUUUAUUUUGACAAAUGCCAAUACAAACUACACCCUAUAUCAAUUUUUUUUUAAAAUAUAUAAUUGAUAAGGCCUUAACAUAAUUUGAUUGCUGCACAUUUGAAAAUUACAAACUAAAUUUUAUAUACAGUGAAAGUUAAAGUUUUAGGCGUAAUAAUUCUGCCUCUGCAUCACAUGACUCAAAUAAGGCUGAUUAAAAAGUCAUAACUUUUCUUCUAUAAGCGAACUAAAGAUAAUCUUAGUGUCAUUGGAUAGCAUGUUGAUGAUGUUGAAUGAAACUAGAAUCAACUAUAUAAUUGUAGAUUAAGUUUCCUUAUUGCUUUGAUCCAUUUUUUAAUCGGAUGCAGUUUUCUUUAAGGCAUGUGUAUUUUACUAAUGAUUUUAAGAUUCUUCAUUCUUUGUAAUCUGAAAUUUAUUUUACCUGGAUAUAAUUUCACAGGUUGUCAAGAGCUUUUAUCAAAGCUUAAUCUAGUUCAACAUGGCUGGCUACGCAAAAGAUGUUUUAGGAACAAAAUUCAGAUACAUUUUUUCAACUGUAAGUUGUUAGUGCUUUUCCAAUGAUGCUCCAUAACUAUUUUUAUGUAGUGAAAUUAAAUUUGUUUUACGUAAGAAACCUUACCCUUAAAGGAAAAUUACACCUUAAAUAAAGUCCUAGUUUUAUCCUUGAAGGAACAUUACUACAACCGGUACUUAAAGUCCAGAAAAUCAUUGAAUAAUAUUUUUGGGUCAUGCUAUAUUAUUCGUAUGCUUUAAGGAUUACUGGUUUCAUACACAACAAUUAAGACAUAUUUCUUACUUUUUCUCAUGUAUUUUUCAGGGCCACAACUUUAUGUUUUGCUUGGUGAUAGCUGUUUAUACUACUUUAACAAUGAAAUGUCCAAUAAGCCAUCUGGUGCCAUUUCCCUAUAUGGUUAUAACAGGUAUAUUUUUUAAAUGAGUCAUUUAACAGAGUGAAAUCUAUUAAAGAAUAUUAGUAUAUACAAAAUAUGGCUAAAGGCUAAAAUAAAACCAAGGACAGUGUCAAUAAAAAAACUUUUUCAGCAAACAAAAAAAUACAAAUAAAAAUUUAAAAAAAAUUUACGCUGAAAGAAGCUAGAGAGUAAACUGUAACUUCUACAGACUACAGCCUUAUAAUUAUUCCGAUCCCGGUGGGCUCCCAAUCCCGUCGGUAUCCCACUCCCAUUAUUAUACCAGUACCCCAUGGGGGUUUCGGAUCCCUUUGGAUCGAAAUUCCUGUAUGAUCCCAGUCCCAUUGGUAUUCCGAUCCCAGUGGUAUCUCAAUACCAGUAGGAUAACGAUACCAGUGGGAUCUCAAUACUGGUGGGUUCCCGAUAGCUGUCGGAUCCCCAGUGGGGUACCCAUCUCGGUAUGUUUUAGUUUUCUGAUAGGAGUCCGAUCUGAGUAGGAUCCCGAUCCCGUUAGGAUGCCGAUCCCUUUAGUAUCCCUUUACCCAGGGGGAAUUCUCUUCUCUUAUAGGAUCCCAUUUCCUGAUAGGAUCCUGAUCCCGGUUUAAUCCCAUUACCAGAUUGGACUGCGUUACCGUUGUGUUCAUUUUACUGAAUCUCGUUAACGUUACUAUAAGCUUUUACAUCCCUUUAUAUAUCCCCGUUGAACUAUAUUGAAAUUUCUGGGACAUUGUAAAUAAAAUUUAAUAACCUCCACGAAACGUUUCAACAAUAGCUUUCUAAGUAAUUAUUUUUUGAACUUGAAAUAUUAUACAACUAAAUGCACUACUAUUGCUAUAAUACAUUUAAGCUAAAGGAGGGGGCCCAGUGGGGGGCCAUUCCAUAAUUUUACUGAAUCAGUUUUGCCUGAGACAGACAGACAAACACAGUGACAAAUGUUCACUUCUUUAUAUAUAUUUAUGAAAUAUACAUGAUAAUAAUAGAAAAACUUAAUUAUAUAUAGUUUAUCAAAGUAAAUCUUAUGUCAUGCUUCAAUAAAUAGUUCAUAAAUCAAUACUGUCAAAAGGCAUUUAAGGUAUUUUCUUUACUCACUCUAUAGAAUCAUAAGGGCAAGUGAGGUCAAGAUCAAGGAAGCUCCAUGGGCCUUUAAGCUGGAACAUAUACAACCAGAUGUGAAGUCUCUUUAUUUUUCGGCAUCUUCAGAACAGGAAAUGAUUGUGAGUAUGGGCAUGGGUCAGAGUUGAUUAAAAUCAAUAGUAAAUAUAUUAAAGCUUAUAAAGAUCUAGUUAAUAGUAUUUAAAUAUUUUUAAAAAUUUAAAUAGCAUUUUAAAAUUUAAAGCAGAUUUUAAAAAAUUUAAAACAUAUUGUUUUCUUGAAAUUGAUUUUUCUAAUUUUUUAAAAAAGAAAUGCUUUAGAUUUGAAGUAUAUUAAUUUGUAUAAAGAUUAAGCAUAAGGUAGUUGAUGGUACUUAAAUAAAAUUUUAAAUAUAAGUUGGAUUUUUAACAUUUAAAUAGGAUUCUUAAAAAGUUAAAUCAUCUUUUCUAAAUUUAAAUACUUUUUGUCUAAUGUUGUAAAGUAAUUAGUCAAUGUCAUUCGAUUCCACAAAAACUUCUGAUUAAAUCAUUUUUUUAAAAUUAGUUUUUCAGCUUUCUAAACCCCAAUCUUUUUCUUAUUUCUAAAAACUGAAAAUAACAAAUUUAAUAACAAUGAAAUUUCUUUUUAAAAAUUGUGCAAUCAUAAUUAUUUAUUAAGAAAUAAAACAUUAAGUGAAUAAUAAUACAUAAAACAUUAAGUGACUAUUAAUACAUAAAACAUUAAGUGACUAAUAAUACAUAAAACAAACAGAUUUUUUAUUUAGCUAGUGCCUUAAAAUAUAAAUAUAUUAGAUAAAUUAAUAUAAAUUAAAAUCAAUUUUUUUAAAUUUAAAUCAUAUUUAUUCUUCAGAUUUAAAUUUAGUACCGGGCACCUAAGUAUUACCGUAAAGAAACUUUAAAAAUAUUUGCAAAAACAUGUUUUCAGUAUCUACUGUGACUAUGGUUGCACUUAGUAUUUUACUCCUAUCAGAUAUGGUGCAGAUUAGUAUUUUAAAUUUAAAAACCAUAUUUUGGUGUAUAAGUCAAAAAAUUUUAGUGGUAAACUUCAUUUUAAAACACAGAGUCGACUUAUCCGCAGGUCAGUGCUAGGUUGAAUAGAAUUUUUUACGUUGAAUGCGGGGCAAUGUCAGGUUACCGGUCGUGCUAGUGUUUUUACUUCUAGCUGUACUUUGACCCAGAUAACGGGUACUGGAAAUGUUCCUGUUCAUGAUUUCUCAUUUUUUGUCCAGUUUUAAGCUGAGAUAAAUAAAUAAAAUCUUAUUAAUUGAUACGGUAUAUGGUAUGUUCGGACAUCACGUUAAUAUGUAGUCUUCAGAUUCUUAACUUAUGGAGAUUUAGAUACAAACAUUUGGUGAGAUACUUUUGGAGUCAAUCAUACACCCGCCACAGUUUUAUAUACAGUGCAGCAACUGCUGCUAGAUAAAAUCUGACACAAUUAUAAUAAUCACGGUAUUUCAUAGCCCCAAGUUUUCACCUGGACUAAUCUACGGAUCAUAGUAUAUUGCAUAAUUUUUAGUAAAAAAAAACUGCAGCCGACUUACAUGUGAGAUUGACUUAAAGACAAGUGUGUAUAGUAAGUUAUUUGUGUUAGCCAAAGUACCGCACAUUAAAUAUCACUUUCCUCUAUCAAAAAUCAAUGAAAAACUUUAAAAAUUUCAUCCCCUCAACAUGAAGUUGCAAGGAUUAAUAUUUAUAGAUUUAAUUAAUUACAUAGGUAAGAAUGUAUCUAUUAUUAUUCUCUGCUUUUUUCAGAGGUGGAUGAAAGCUAUCAAAAGUGAAAUGCUUGUGGCCAAUAACAUUAAACAAAAGUAAGGGUUAAUUGUAAUAGUUUAAAGAAAGCACUUAAAAUGUAUAGUAACUAUAUUAUAGUGCUUAAAUAAAAAAUGAAUAUGUUUUAAAUACCAAAGUAACCUCAUUCUAUUACAUAUGUAGCAUUAUCUUAAAAAUGGGGGUGCGCAGGGUGGCGGUCUUGGCGGCACUUUAUUCCUUUAUAUGGAGGGGCGCCACUUUUUGCCAAAUGUAUGUUGUUUUUUGUGAAAAGAGGCGGCACAAAUCUUAGACCACCCUGGGGGGACCAUUUUAUUCUCAAUUCUCAUCUAGCCAUUAGAUGCAUGUAACUUAUUAUCAGCCUGAUAGCCCUCUAUUAUUCAACAUAGUAUAGAUUUAUUAUGAUAAUCAAAUUAUGACUUGGCAUUUAUCCAGAGUUUGAUUUUUCCCUUUUUUAUGCUUGCAGAGAAUGUAAAAAUAUCAGGGUGAAUUGUGAAAUCUACCCACAAAACUUAACAAAUAAAAUGUUGAAAUAGUAACUAGAAAACCAGCUGUAAUUAUUAUUGAAUUAAAUUAGCUUAUAAAGAUAAAUUACUUGCCCCUGUUCAAAUAUGUUUUGUUGAAAAUUUUGGAUUUACACUUUCGUAUUAAAAAGAAGCUUGGAAUCCAUUUCAGCAUUUAUUUUUUAGAGGAUUCUUACUUAUUCAACAAAAUGUAACAAAUUAUAUUAUUCUUAUCAGCAGCAAUAUUCCAAAGCAGGCACUGAGUAAACCCUCUUUAGAUUCUUUAUCGCUCGGAUCAAAUUUUUCCUGGAGCUCUUCAGAAUACAAUGAUCUAGAAGGGAGUAUAUACAUGGACUCGCAAGAACCAAGAAGAUCUGUUUACUGGGAUGCCAUGCCAACAGAAUAUGAUAUGGCUUCAACAGGUAUAUUGACAAUUUAAAAAUGGUAAAUGUAAUAGUAUACGUCUAAUCUUGAUUUGUGAACUUUUCUGUGGCGUUUAAGAGUUUUAUUGACAACAAAAUAUAUUUUUUAAUUUAAAUUUUUAUUUAAAAAUUCUUCUUUAUGAAAACAUUCAUUCAGCGUCAGGGCCUAGGUUACUAUUUAUAGAUUUCAGACAUGAACCUAGGGAAUCCCACCAUUGAUUAUCCCAUGCACCUUAAUAAAGAGGGUCUCCAAGGCAACCCUUUUGUCUUCACCACAAUUAAACUAUAGUUAAGAAGCAAUGGGAACUCAUUCUUAAAUGUGACAUUUAUCCUAGAAGUUGGAAAGAAAUGUGUGAGACAUUAACUCAUUUAGAAUUUGUGUAAUUCCAACUUCACUGUUUCUUAGACCUCUAUCUAUAACUACAUAAAUUACAUAAAUUACUGGAGAUGUGUUAAAAGUCAAAAUAAUUGUAAUGCUUUAAUUUUUGUCUCUGAUUGAAUUCAUUCGUUUCCCCCUUAUAUUUAAAACAUGCACUAGCAUUUUUGUUAAAGCACAUUUUAAUACUUAAAUUAUAUGAAUAAUGAUGUAGAUAAUGACUGUUUAAUCACAUCUGUUGAUUUUUUAAAAUAAUUUUUUUCAUUUUCAUAGCUUACAGUUGAAACAAUUAUUUAGUCAUUUAAAUUUCUAAGAUUUGUACAUACAAUUGUGACUAUAUAAUUAGUAUUGAAAUUCUUUCAGUUGAAAAUUCUCUUGCUGAAGGAUACAGCCUACAAACAAUGCCAUCAGCUCCUGUAAGUAUUAUAAUAACAUUUUAUCUUUAAUACAAGACUAAAAGAUUUUUUUUUAAUAAAUGGGAUUCACAUCUAGACACAAAUUUGUUAGUCUCUUCAAUCUAUCUUUGGUUAAAUUUAUUUUAAUCUUGCAAACACUUAAAUAAUAAUAUUUAAGAAGAUUCAUUUCGAAUUAUGUUAAAAUUUUUACAAAAGGUGCAGAUUUUUAAAAUAUCCAACAGGAAUAUAUUUAUUUGAAGUUCUUCACGUCUUUUUUUUUUUUUUAUUUUUUUUUUCCAUAACAGUAAAUUAUUUAAAUUAUCUAUAUUUGAUUUUAUCUAACUAACAUAUAAAUUGAAAAUAUUAAGGAAAAAAGCAAAUUUUUUUUUUUUUUAUUUUUUUUAUUUUUUUUUUUUUUUUUUAUUUUUUUUUUCCAUAACAGUAAAUUAUUUAAAUCAUCUAUAUGUGAUUUUAUCUAACUAACAUAUAAAUUGAAAAUAUGCAGGAAGAAAGCAAAUUUAUUUUUUCUAGAAUAGACAUUAUUUUUACUUCUUUGAAAGAAUGCUAAGGUAAUGAUAUUGCUGCUGUGAAAAGAAGCUACAAAAUAUGGAAAACAUAAAUUUCAAUUCCAAAUAUUAGAUAAACAUUUAAAACUUGAGUACAGUGGGCAUCUCAUGGGGGGGCCUUUGCCCUUAAAAUAAUUGUCUGUGUUUAUCCAAACUUGACAGCUUGGUUGUAUAUUAUAGAAAAUUAAUUAUUGUUUGAAAAUAAGAAUGUUUCAGAAUCACAAUUCUACUUACAGAAGACAUCUGAAAGCUCUUUCUUUUUUAAAUUAUUGUAGAUAAUGUUUGUUUGUUAAUUUUUAAGGGUGACAAAAAAGCUGAUGCAUACUGGGGUAAUGUCCAUUACUCUGGAAAUAAAGUCAAAGCUGCUGAGUAAGUGCUAUUUUAGACAACUAUAUUCCAAUUUCUGAGUUUUGGUCAAUUUUCACAACUUGCUUUAAAACUGAAGAUAUUGUUAUUUUCUUUUAUGUUUGUUUUCUAAGAAAAGCAUUUUUAUAACCUAAAAUGUAUUUUAAUUCAGAUACAUAUUUUAGUUUUCAAUCAUGUGUUUUUUAAUUUCCACCAGAAUAAUCAAAGCCAUUGGUGAAAGUGGUGUUUACCUCAUCAGGAAAAGUGAAGACAAUUCUGUAAGUUAAUUUGCUGUUAAUAAUACACAGAAGCAAAAUUAUUUUGAGAGGAAGAACAUUCUUUCAUCUUAUUUCUGCCCUGAAACAUUCAGGUAUAUAUGCAUAUUCAGGGGCACUGGACGGUCAUACUCUAUAGCUCACACAGUAAGGUAGCAGUAGUAGCGAUGCUCCAUACUAUUUUAAAAGGUAUCCCCAAUGUUAAAAGACUUUUGAAAAGGUACAUGUAUUUUGAGUUGUUGCUAGAUCUUAUUUAAAUAAUUUCACAUCAUGGCUAUACUGCUGGUCUAAAAUUUCACUCAGUAAUAUCAGGAGCAGUGAAUGUUAGGGCAAUGUUUCCUAACGUUUUUUUGCCUCCCCAUGCCACUCCUCAGCAGCUAAAAAGGUUACAGUUUGUCAUCUCUCUCUCUCGUCUCCCUCUGCCCACUUUAGAGGAAGGACUUUUUAAAAAAGAAGUCAGUCAUCAUUCAUGAAAAUUAAAUUUUACUUUUACAGACUGUUUAAGCUACAAAGUGCAAUAUACUCAAAUGGAUUUGUAUUGCAUUAAAUAACAAACAUUAGCAGUAGUUAAUUUAAAGUGUCUUAUCAAACAUUACGCCCUCUUCCUUUUGAAAUGUAAAUACAUUUCCUAUCUCAGAGACUAAAUGUCCCCCCCAUAAUCACCCUGUGGGCGUAUAACAAAUGUUUGGAAACACUGGUCUAGGAGGGAAGCCUAAAAACAAGAAUGAUACAUUUGAUUUCAUUGGACCACUUUAGAUACAUUUAUUUAUUUUUCUGUGUAUUAAUGAAACAAAGUCAUAUUUAACUUGAACUAUAAUGUCAAAAUAUAGUAUUCUAUUCCUUAUACAUUUGCAUGCAAUUCCUCAAAUAAAUUCACUGACUAUUCUUUUUGGAUGAUGAUUUCUAAAACUUUUUUUUUUUAUAAUAUAUAAUUAUCACCUCAAGAAACUCACAUUUAAUGCUAAAAUGCAUGUUGUUUUUUUCUGUGCCAACAAAUUACUGUAAAUAAGACUGUAAAUAAGACUGUAAAUGCAUGCAUGCAAUUCCUCAAAUAAAUUCACUGACUAUUCUUUUUGGAUGAUGAUUUCUAAAACUUUUUUUUUUUUUUGGUUCAUUCAAACAACCUCUGUUAAUUUUUUCCUCAAUUUUCAUUCAUAUAUUGACUUUGAUGAAGAGAAUUACCAUUUGGUUUAAUCAGUGCUCCAAAACCUUUCGGAUUCUCUGGGCCUUUGCUGAAACCAGGUUUUCUCAAGGCGCCUUAUUUCAAAUUCUAAUGAGUACUUUGCAAAAUAGCAAAUGAUUUUUAACAAAAAUAUCAAAUGUUCAGUGACAAAGCAUUUGUAAAGAUUCCGCAAACAGUUCUUACUAUUUGAGUCAUUGGUUUACAAUAUGUCCCAUCUUAUCCCGUCUCAAUAGGGUUUCUGCCAUUUUUGCUAGAGUCCAAGUUUUACUUGCAUAUGUUGCAACUAGUCUGGUCUGAUUACAGUUUAUUUAUAGUUUUCUUUCUUUUACUAGUAAUGUUUUUACUUUUGAGUAUUUUUUGACUAAUGAAGUAUGCUCUGUUUCGGGCUGAUAUUCUUUCUUUUAUUUCUGUUAGUAAUUUUUUUCUUUCAUUUAAUAAAGAUCCUAGGUAUUUGAAUUGAUUUACUUUUUCAAAAAUUUAGUUUCUAAUUUUAUUGGUUUCAUCUGUCUGUUCUUCUCUUAUCAUAUUCUUGUAUUUUGUUUUCUUGGGUGUUAACUUCCAGCCCUGCUUGUAGUAGUGUGUCUUCUAAUUCAAUAAAAGCUUUUGAUAUAUCGUUACUUCUUUUCCCUAACAGUGCUAUAUCAUCAGCUCAUCAAGAUACCCAAGGGGUUGAUUGUAGAGAGUGCCUACUGGUUGUGGCCCUUGAGUUUCCCUCAGAAAGUAUCCUGUCAUUGUUCCUCAAGUGUCAAUAUGUAUGCUUCUUAUAACUCUCUCCAUUGUUAGCAUACAUGACAGUCUCCUUGUCUUAUGCCUUUUCUAAUUUGAAAGUCCCUUGAAUAUUCACCCUGAACCUUGAUUUUGUAUUUUGAGUUGUUUAAUAUUAUAUGCAUCAGUCAUGUCAGUUUGUUGGGUAUGCCAUACUCCUUCAGAAUCUCAUAAAAAUAUUUCCUUUUGAUGAUUGAUUGAAUACUUUUACAGCUCUUGUAUCCAUGCUAUUUUAGCAUGCUCAUAGUGUUCUGAUGUCCUAAAAUCUAGUGAAAGAAAAAAGUCUUUAAAUGUUUCUUAAAUGACUUAUCAUUUUCAAUUUCCCUCAAAGACUGAGGUAACUGAGGCAAACUGUUCCAUAAUUUUGGCCCUAUAGCCUCAAAAGAGCACAAUCCAUAUGACUUCUGUCUGUGUCCAUCCACUUUCAAUAAUGAUGCUGUCACUAGGCCAUUUUAUAGUCCACAUAGAGUUGAUGUACUGAGAUGUUAUAUUUGUAAUAGGCAUCUGAUGGUGAAGAUCUGAUCACUCAUUGAUCUGAUUUGUCUGAAUCCACAUAGGUAGUCACCUAGUCUUUGUUCAGUGUAUGGUUGCAGUCUUUUGGCAAUUAGUUUUUUUUCAGUAUUUUGUAAGUAACAUUAAUGAGGAAAUUCCUCUGUAGUUUCAGCAUUGAGUUUGGAACCUUUCUUGUGUAUUUGGGUUAUUUGUGUUGUUUCCCAUUCUUUUGGAAUUUUCUCUUCUUGCCAAAUUUUAGUUAUAAGUUUAUGUGUCUGAGUGUGUAGCUUGUUAUGAUCUUCCCAGCUUUAAUAAGUUCCACUGUCUUUUCACAUGAACAACUCCAGCAGUAGGUAUGUUUUCUGAGGGCAGUAGACUCAUUGUUGUCUAGGGGCUAGAAAUACAAUAUAAAUUACAAACUCCAGUGUUACGAUCUCGAUAUUCCCACAGUUCAACAUCUUUGUUGUCUAGGGGGUUAUUCAAUAACUUAACAAACCAUUGAUUCAUGUCAAAUUUCUCUUUAUUAAAAAAACAACUCCGAAAUUCUAACACUCUGUUUUAUAAUUACUCCAUCAAUGCUAUUCAAAAUCAUAAAACCAUUCACAAUGUCAUUUCCGUUACCCAAAUACAUCACACAAUACGAAGCACAUAGAAACAGCUACACAAAUACUGUCAACAAAGCACAUAGAAACAGCUACACAAAUACUGUCAACAACAAACACAUUUUCCAUACCAAAUAUUCACGCCCCUAAAUCUAGUUCACAACGUUCCUCCCCCACUUCGUUGAAAUCACUUACAGUAGUUAUGUCACAGACAAAAAUCAUAUCACAAAAUUUAUCAAUAAACAUCAGUUAAUACUAAUUAUCCUAUCUAUUUUCCCUCGCACACGCAAAGAGCACAAUCUUUCAUUCACUGAUUUAAAACCUAUACUAUAACUGCAACAAAGGCCUUUUUCUUCACAGCAAAUCCUGUUCCAAGAAUUUUAGUGUUGUUCCACUAUAAAAUCUGGUGUAGUCUUUUGAGGAUGUCUGGAUUUUUCCAUCAAAUUUCUUGCUAUGCAGCAAUAGAGAUUUUAUAUUUUAUUAGUUGUUCUAGUACUAUUUGAUUAGAAAAGGCUUCUGUUCUAAAAAGGCUUUGUAUAUUCCAAGUCCCAAUCCAAAAAUCAUGUCCAUAUCCAGGCACGGGUUGAUUUCCAUUACAAUCAGUCAAGGUUUUAUUUGCUUGUUCGGCUUUGGUAAUGUUUAUAUUUUUUACAUGGCCGGGUUGUUAGCCCUGCGCACAAUUGUCUGGGGGGCUGCUCCUUACAGCUCUCUAGGUAGCUGCCUUAAUUUUCAGUUAAAGUUCCUUAGCCGUUGUGGAUCACUCCACUUCCUACAAUGCAGUAGGUUCUGAUUUUGGUCCACCCCGGGUAUUUUAUUUCCCUAGUACUUGCCAUAUCUGGUGAGCUUUUACUCAUCCACCACCUGAGGUGAUGCUUGAUGAAGGAUCAGUAUCUCCAAAUGAGAAUAUUGUGCUUUAGCUGAAUCAUAUUUAUUAAUAAUAACACAAAUUAUCAUUCAUUGGUAUUAUGUAAACUAAUCUUAAGAAUUUCGAUACAAUUUUUCAUUCCUGUUUUUGUCUGCAGAAUGUCCUGGUUGUCUUUUCCAAGAAUGCAACAAGAAAAUUCAAAAUUCAUCAAAAGGUUAAUCUUUUUAAAUUAAAAAAAACAAAUGCUUUUGCAUUAAAAUAAGUAAAAUUGUUCACGUGUAAGAAUACCCAUUUCUUCUGCAUCGAUUAUUAUAAUGUUGGGUGGUAAAAUGUGCAUCUUUCUUUGCUUUGAGAAAAAUAACCUUUUUUUCUCCUUUCAGGAAAAUAGAAAAUUGACUCUGUCACUUCAAAUGGGUCCUGACUUUCAAAAGCUUGAAGAACUUUUAUACCACUACUACUUUAAUGACCUGCCAGGAUUAAAUGAAAAACUUGUUAUACCAUACAAACAGCAUCCAAAUUAUAAAGAUUGUUAAUGUGUCUGUAACAUCCCCAGAACAACUUUCAGCCCUUUCCCACUCCAUAAAUGGACAGUUUAAAAUAUUUAUUUUAAAAGUUUAGAUAACCCUAAUAACACUUGAGUUUUAUAUUUAAAUAAAGGAACUCUCAGAAUGAUUUAAAAUAAUCUCAACAAAGCUCAGGUGAAUUAAUGUUUGACAUAUUUGCCCCAGGUGCUGAGUUUAGAAUCAUUGUGCCAUCAAGUACAAGUUAUAUGUGUUAGAUCUUAUUUAAUGUAGCACCCCAAGAGAGUAAGAGCCCAGACUAUUUCAGAGGCAAAAAGGUAACAACCAUUCAUGUGGACUUUGUUUAUAAGACACAUGAAUUUGAUUAUUUUUUUUACUAUUAUUCAUGUAGUUUUACAUUUUUUUAUCAUAAAAUUUUAUUUUAACACAAUUAAAAAAUCUCAAAUUAAUUGUAUAUAUGUAAGUCUUGGAUAUGCUUCUCAUUAGCAGUACCUAAUGAAGCCAGAGUGGAUGGAUGAAUUCAUAAUAAAAAUAAAAGUUUCAUUAUUUUGGAGAGUAUUUUGAUUUCACAAAGUCUAUAUUAGAGUUACCAUCAACCUUACACUGUUAAAAUAAUUUCCAACUUCAGUUAUUUUAAGGUUAUUUUUCUAUAAAGAUACAAAUUAAUAAUAUGGUUGAAUUUAUAUAACAGAUAAUACUUUUAUAUCCAUCAGUAAUACAUUUUACAUUUAUAGGAACCAAAAUAAGAACAUUUUUAUUUUAAUGCAAGCGUCCCCUAUAUAUAUUUUUUUUCUUUCCAUCAAAUUAAUUAAAAUCUGCAUUUAAUCUUGGCUAAUUCUUAAAGGAGAGAGAGGAGACAUUCCAGUUAGCAUACUCAAAGAUCAAAAAAGUUAUACCAACAAGUAUAUACUAGUAUAGCAUGCAUAACCUAAAACUUUUUUAAAAAAGUAAUUUAUGGAUUGAAAAGUAUAAAAUGUUUAACAUUUAUUCAAUAUUUUAUCUGGAGGUUGAAAAGUUUAAAAUGUUGAAAAAUUUUAUAAAAGAUGUUAAAACUGCCAUAUAUAUAUAUUCCUGCUAAUUCUGACUCUUUUGUUGGUUAGCUUGUGUAAUAAAAAAUAUUUUUUUGUAAUUGUUUUGAACUUUUGAACCAUGCUUCUUUUCACUACAUAUUUCAUAUUUUUUUUAAAUUACCGUAAUUAUUUUUAAUGUGAUGUGUUCACUGCACUUGCUUGACAUUUUUUUAAAUUACCGUAAUUAUUUUGAAUGUGAUGUGUUCACUGCACUUGCUUGACAUUUUUUUUUAAAAUAAAGCGUAUUCUUAGAUAGCAGACACAGUGAAUUCAGGUUGUGAGAUGUAACAAUAAUAUUUAAAGUCAUUCAUUCCAUAAAUUAAUUAAUGUUUUGCUGUGUGCUUUCGAAUGAGAAGUAUCACACCAUUUGAUAAAAUGUAUCAAGUUGAAAUUUUACUCUCUUGUGAUCAUUUAAAAAAAAAAAAAAAAGCUGUGCCUAACAAGUAUAUGAACUCAUCCUUGUAUACAAUGAGUUUAUACUGUGAUAUUUAGAGAUACAUAUCUUCCAUUAAAAACAAAUUACUUUUUUCACUCUAUGUUACAACAUGUGUUAUUAUGCUUAUUACUCUAUAUUUACCAUUUAUCUAUGUUUUUUAUGUAAUCAAUAAAUUGUUUUUUAACAGAGCUUUUAAUUCCACUGUUAGUGGCCUAUAAAUAUUUGGUUGGAGAUUAAAGCAAAAUGAUGUAGGUUGAUACAAAAAAAAUAAAUAAGUUGAAAGACAUUUAUUAAUCACAAAUUAAUUUACAAACAUUUGAAUAUUUCAAGAGUUAUGGAAUAAAAAAAUUAUGACAAUAUCUGGCUGGAUGCUUUUCAAUAUCACAUUAACACUAUUUAAAUAUAACUUAUCAGUAUUUGAAAAUCUCCAGGUCUAUCUAAUCAUACAUAUUUAUGUUCAGUUUAAUCAUUUUGUAAAACUUACAGUAGUGGUGUUCAAGCAGAUAAAAAAAAUACCUAACAGAAGGCUCUAUACAGUUACCAGGUUGUGAAGAUAAUAUUUCCCUGGAGUUAGCACUGCUCUUGUUGUAUUCAUGCACAAACUCAAAUAAAUACAAAUGGUUAUGAAUACUAGAUGUUAAUGUACAUAAACAACUUUUUAUUUUUGAAUCUUUAUAGCCAUUCGUUCCACUUUUGGCAUUAUUUCGUCAGAGUUGGUACUGUUCCGUCUUAUUAUUUCAAUUCCAUAAAAUGACAUUACCAGGUGCUUUUUUGUGCCUUGUCCCAUUUUGCCAUGAUUUUAUUUAGAGCUUUGUAAAUUCAUGCCUUCUUGGAUAGUUUUCUUUUCUUUUUAAAUUUACAUCAGGGGCUCUUAACUAUUGGCAUCCCCCACCCCCGGCGGUGCAAGGUGCAGUUUCAGGGGUUGCAGGAAUACACAGAAAAACAUGUUUUAAUUAGCAUUUUUAUCAUGAGGUGUAGGAAAUAUGUUUUGAAAUCGAGAUGGGGCUGCUGGAACGUUUUAAAAGUAAGAGAGAAAGUGACUCUGCAAAAAAAAGUUAAGGACCCCUUGUUUACAUAUUUGUUCAAAUUUUUGUACAUGACGGUGUGAAGAGAACAGCGGUUUUCAACUCGUUUAAAAGUUAUCAGAUGGCACAAGGUCUUUAUAUAAAUAUGUAAAGAAUACUUAUGUAUGUCUAAACAAUUGGAGGCAUUUUAUCAAGUAUAGUAUAGGGUCAAUGGUUAUGGUUGGCACAUUAACAGACCUGUUUACUUUUACGAUGUUGGCAUACAAUGUACGAUUUUGAGGUGUAUACAUUAUUUAUACUGUAUGUUUAUUUUUUACUAUUAAGAUAAUGUAUUGAACAAUUUUGUGAUGAUAUUGUACGAUUUUAAGAGUUUGAGCGUAAACAGGUCAGCGUUAAGUUUAAUCCAUCCAAUUAAACUAAUCUAAGAAUAAUAAUUUACUUUGCAUGCUGCCCCUCACUGACACAGCCCAUUUAUAUAAAUACUUAAAUGUUGUGUUGUAGCAUUUUUUAAAUAUGUUUUAAGUGGGUUAAAGUUCCAAAAAGAAAAAAAAAAAAGGUUGAAAACUUCUGGAUAAGAUAAUUUAAAACAAUUCAUUGCAAAAUAGUGACAAGAAAUGGUACAACAACCUUGUAAGUAAUCUAUGGAAAUUUUGAUACAUUUCUCAGUCCUGUUUUGUUUUUUGCUUUAAACUUGAUCACACACCAUUUUCGAAGAGAUUUUUUUUUAAAGUUCAGUAGAUAUGACAACUAAUGACAAGAUUUCAUAUGUGGCCUUACUUGAAUAUGAAAUGUAGUAUGAGCUUCUAAUUCUAAUGAAAACACAAAAUAGUAGAACAAGGUAUGUUGAAGCUUGAAUCAAAAGCAGGACAAUAAGAUGUGAACCUUUCAGCUUAGAGCCUUCUUCAGGGAACAGGACAACUGAAAAUAUAAAAAGAAACAGAGCGCAGUAAAAAACUUUUGAGAUCUCUUUUGUUGUUGCUGGAAGUAGGAUUCAAUUGAAAACACCUAUGUCAACACACACACUCACUAAAGUUUGAACAAAAUUCUAAUUCAUUUUUAUGCUACGUCGUUAGUUAAUCUUUCUUUUAGAUUAACUUAAACCGCCGAUGAAUCAAACGUUUUUUCUUCAUGAUUCCAGUUAUAAUUUUUUAACAAAUGCUAUCCUUUUUUCUUCUUUAAACAACCAUCUGAAAAUGUAUAUUGAUGUGAUAGUUUUAUCAUUUUUUUUUUUUUUCAUUUUAAAACCAAAUAUUGAUCUUUGAUAUUGUUACUUUAUGGGCUUCCUUAAUUUUAAAAAAUUGCUUCAAUGAAAUGGUUGGUUACAGAUUUAAUAACAAAAUAUACAGUUUACAACUUGUUACCUGAUAUUGUUAUUAUUUGAAGUGCCUUUUUAAAUACCCAGUAAAUCCAUUCAUUUAACUUUAAUGGAUGAUUUUAAUGUAGCACUUAUUUUAUUUUAAUAAAAGUAGUUUAAAUUUAAU